UCCUUUUUUCUCCUUCGUAGCAGAACCAUCACGUUUGGUUGAUGAGCAAAAAGUUGAUGUCAACCUGAAAGAAGCCCGAGAAACUCCUCCCGUCUCGAAAUUAUGAGUGACCAACAGGAUGAAAUGGCCGCGAUGGUGGAAAGCGGCGGAGGCUUCCUUCAAAAGCGAAACACAAAUACCGGACAAGACUCCCAGCAGCCCUCUCCUUUAGCUCUGUUGGCAGCGACCUGUAGUAGAAUCGACACCCCGGGCGAGAGUGACUCUGGCUCCGAACAACAGUUAGACCUAAGCCAAGCCCAGCUGACCCAGACAGCCAAUGGGAGCUGGCAGAUCAUCCCGGUUAGUCUCGGUAGCUCCAGUGGUUCCAACACCAUCACCACCGACUCUACUGGCAUGGUCAUGACCGUGGGCGACUCGGGGAAGAACAGGGGGCAGCAGGUGUUGACGUCGGUCUCCAGUGGACACCAGGGACAGCAGCAGUAUGUGCUGUCCUCAGCUCCUUCUCUACAGGGCCAGCAGGUCCUCACCAUGUCUGGGGGCCAGGUUGUGUCCAUGCCUAACAUCCAUUACCAGGUGAUCCCUCAGUUCCAGACGGUAGAUGGCCAGCAUCUACAGUUUGCCCAGGCAGGGGUACAGCAGGACCCUAAUGCAGCUGGGGCCGGACAGUUCCAGCUCGUCUCCUCGCCUAACGGGGGUCAGCAGUUGGUUAGAGCAGGGAGUGGAGGAAAUAUCCUAACCAUGCCCGCCGGGCUCCUACAGCAAGCCAUCCCCCUACAGAACCUAGGUCUGGGUAACAGCGUCCUGCAGAAUAACCAGGGUCAGUUCCAGUUGGCUAAUAUGCCUGGGCUCCUAAAUGGUAAUAUCACCCUCCUUCCGGUCAGUGCAGCUAGUGGGUCUGAAGGGGACGGAGGCUCUAACCAGCAGCUGAUGCAGCAGGUAGUGUCAACCUCUGGCACGUACUACACUAACUCAACCACCACCACCACUCAGACAGGCACCUCGUAUGGAGGCAUGACACAGCAGACUCAGAGCACCAACGGCUUCCAGAACUCUGGUGGCGGGAUCCCCAUCCAGCCAGAUAACAGAGAUCAGCCGCAGCAGAUCCUCAUUCAACCCCAGCAGCUCAUCCAAGGAGGGACCUCCCUGCAGACAAUCUCAGCUGGGGGACAGGUGUUCGCGACCCCAACGCUUACCCAGGAUGCCCUGCAGAACCUGCAAAUUCAGACCAUCCCCAACACCUCUCCCAUCCUGCUGAGGACCGUCGGGCUCAACGGACAGGUGAGCUGGCAGACCCUCCAGCUGCAGAGCCCAGCGGGGACCCAGAUCACCCUGGCCCCCAUGCAGGGUCUCUCUCAGCUGGGCCCGGCCCAGGGAGGUACCAUGCAACUCCCUGGCCUCCACACCAUCAACCUCAACACACUGCAGAACUCUGGUUUACAGAUGCACCAGCUACAAGGAGUUCCCAUCACCAUCUCUAACACAGCUGGAGACCAGGGUUUGCAGACAGGGGGGGACAGUCUGGAUGACGGCACGGUCAUGGAGGAGGGAGACACAUCCCCUCAGCCUCAGAACCGCCGGACACGCAGGGAAGCUUGCACCUGUCCCUUCUGUAAGGACGGAGAGGCACGAGAUCCCAAUAAGAAGAAGCAGCAUAUCUGUCACAUGCCAGGUUGUGGGAAGGUGUACGGUAAGACAUCUCACCUGAGAGCUCACCUUCGCUGGCACACUGGAGAACGACCCUUUGUCUGCGGCUGGUCCUUCUGUGGGAAGAAAUUCACUCGCUCAGACGAACUGCAACGCCACAAGAGGACACACACAGGUGAGAAGAAGUUCACGUGUACGGAGUGUCCAAAGCGCUUCAUGCGCAGCGACCACCUCUCCAAACACCUCAAGACCCACCUCAACAAGAAAGGAACCACCGGUGGCGUUGUGACCUCCGAUAACUCCGCCCCUCAGUCGGGUGGAGGCGGAGCCACAGAUGGCGGGGCCGGGGUCAAUGACCAGCACGCCCUCAUCGCCAUGGAGACACUGUCACCCGAGGGCAUCGCCCGAUUGGCCAGCAGCGGCAUCAACGUGAUGCAGGUGGCUGACCUGCACUCCAUCAACACGUUUGGCACGUUUCAUGUCCCUGAAUACAGCCCAGACCCAGGAGCAUUAAUCAGCAGGGGAUGGAGGACACACUCUGGCACCCGAUCACCUACAUAGGGUCCUGGUCAAAAGUAGUGCACUAAAUAGGGAAAUGGGUGCCAUUUUUUGGACACAAAUCUAAAAUCGUCAUGAAAUAUCUCCUUGUUUUUUGCCUUUUUAUAUGAUUAUUAUAUAGGUACACAUUCAAGCCAUCAUGCUUUGAUACAUUUAUCAUAGCAAAAAAAGAAAAGAAUUUGGGAUAAGUUUUGUAUGUACAUAUGUUUUUUUUUCUUUUUUUCUUGUGUAAAGCUACGGAAAUUCUUAGCAUAGGAAGGAUCAACUGAACUUUAUAUGGUUGCAAGAGAUUGCCUUUCUGUUGUGAGUCUCUCAUACACAAUCAAUCUUAAACUUCUAUUAUUAUAAACUUUUAUAUAAAUGUAGAUUUUGUUUAAAAUAUUUCAGAAGUGUUCUGUCUAUAGAAUGAACUAUGUAUGUAUUCAAUACGGUCCAGUCCCAGUACAUAUUAUUUACUUUUCUGGUAAUAUUUGUCAAUUUGCGUCAUACUCAAGUACUUUCUCUGAUGCAUUUGGAUAUCAAAUUCUUCUUUUGACUAUUUUAACCAUUUAAAGUCUUAUUUCCAAAUAAUGCAAAAAAAUAAAUUUCAGCUAAAACCAAAAAUCCAUAUUCUGUUUAAGAGAACUGGAAUGGAAUGUUUCAUCCUCAGUUCUAGACAGUCUGUCAAUAUAACCGGACUCUGGUCGUAUUACAGCUUGGGUUUCUGUAUUAGGGUUGCAAAAUACCAGUAACAUUCCCAGGUUUUAAAGAAAUCUUGGUUGGGAUUUCCUGUUUACGCAAUCCUUUUUCCAGGAAUUUAACUUUUCCGGCAUUUUCCAACCCUACUUCCGUAACAGCACUGGCCUGCAUGUUUUGGAAGAAAGAUGUACGAUUUAUUUCAUAAGAACAGCAUCAUAGGUUGUCUCAAACAGAAAGCCCGGGUCUAACAAACUUGAUCAAAUGUUACGAUGGACCUCGUCACUAUUUAAUCCAGUCAGUCACAUGUUGUAUUGCAGAAGACUGACUAGCUGGGGUUCUAAAUGCAUCUAAUGGCACCCUAUUCCCUAUAGUACUAUGGGCCCUGGUCAAUAGUAGUGCACUAAAGGGAAUAGGGUGCCAUUGUGGAUACACUUUUGAAGGGUGUUAAGUACUUGAUGUCCACUUCGAGCUUGAUCAACUACAAGUUGUGGGAAAUGUAUUGUUUCAGUAUUUGAUUUAUACUCCUAUCCUUCCUCGCAAUUUACUUUAUUUUCAGACAAGUGCCCUUAACAUGUUUUUAUUUCAUUAAAAAAGGGAGUUUUUUUUGUUUUUUUGAAUGUUAUUACUACAAAUGCCAACAGCUGGAUUAAAAAUUAUGAAUACAAAA